AGGCAGUGAUCAACAAAGAAUAGAGAGCUUCGGAUCUUCGUCCUCCUCCAUCCAUCUUUUUACCAUUUUCUGAUUUUCCAGACAUGAAAUCCCGUCGAAAAUGCUCGUACCAAAGCUCAUAUGAGAUGGCCGAAUUUCGAAAAUGUACGAAUCCACAGCCUCAACCACCGUCGAAAGUAAUCCGACACCGAAGCGAAUUCGAAGCCGGCGAAGGAAGCUCAACCAUGGUCGCCAAUUCCUUUCUGAUCGUGAAUUUCAUUCGGACGAAGAGAGUAAUUCCCCGCGGCCUAUUCCGAGGCGGCGAACGCCGAUCCUGAGUGAUCCGCACGUGCGGAUGGCAAUGUAUGUGGCCAUGGCGCAUGCAGGGCUGGCGCUCUCGUUGGCCUUGCUCUACGGCGUUACGAAGCUUCUAGAAGGCUACUGGAGGCCAAUUCAAUGGGCAAUUCUCUGUUCCAUGCCGCUUCGGGAGCUCCGUAUGGCUCUCGUCUCUUUCUGGUCUCGUUCGCUCAGUCUCGGUCUUUUUGAGACCCUAAUUGCCGUCCCAGUCGCCGCCCUGCGCGCUGCCACAGACUCCGUAGUCAACUCCCAAGCUGCAUGCUUUGGCUUCCUUCGUCAGUCGGAGACUCGGAGUAGAGAAAAGGUUGGGUUCUUCAAGCUCGUUCAAUGGCUAAUCUCUUUUGCGUUAUUCAUAAUUGUGUACGAGUAUAUAGGUCUGGUUUCUGUUCCAGUGUUUUCCAUAGCUUGCUUGACUGUGUAUUUUAUGGGUUCUAGAACUAUAACGAAUGCGGGUGUAAGAACAUCGCUUUCUGCACUCUCGUCUUUUCGACGUGGUGGGAGAAAAUUUCUCAAGAAAAACUCGUUGGGUAGCAAGGUAGGUGGCUACAUUACUUGCUGGAUGCUCAAUAGAUUAAAGACGAUGGUUGGGAUCGGUUUGAUCAUGUGUAUGAUUCUGGGUUCUGUGUUUGGGCUUGUUUUCUUUUCUUAUAAAAUUGCUAUGGAAGGAAAGGAUGCUGUGAUAUCUGUGAAAACCCAUUUGAAGGAAAGUAAUUAUGCAGAGAGAAUUGGAGUUACACAGUGGAUGUAUGAUAAUCAUAUUCCUGAAUUGAUUGAUAAUUACACAAUGAAUUUUUACGAUGGUGUUUCGCAGAACAUUAAUUCUUUGGCAGCACAUUACAAUGUGACAGAGAUUGUUGACAGUCUUAGACAUUACUUGAAUAGUCCAUCCCCGAGUCCAGUAAUUUCUAGUACAAGCACUGUCUCUGUUGGAGUUGAAGCUCUGACUCUAUCUGAAAAGUUGAACAAAAUUGGAUCAAAGCUGAGGAACAGUGAGUGGAGAGUGAUUUAUAGAGAGGUUGAUGGUGUGUUUAGAGACUUGAUAUCUUUAAUUAGUCGAGAGGAAUUGAUGGAGAAAAUUAAAUUACUUUUUCUCCAAAGUCUAGAUAAGUCUAGGCGAUUACUAGCUAGUGGGACUACUGUGUUGGCUGGAGGUGUGAACUUCUUGGUCUUUAUGGCUGUGUCAAUUGUCUCAGGAGCUGCAGGAUUAAUGAACUUCAUUUCUGGAUUCAUGGUGUUUUUGUGGCUACUCUAUUAUCUCAUUACUACUGAGUCCGGUGGUGUCAUGGACCAUGUUCUUGAAAUGCUGCCACUUUCUAGGUCCACAAGAGCUCGUUGUGCCCAUGUUCUUGACCAAGCUGUUAGUAGUGUUUUAUUGGCUGCAGCCAAGGUUACUUUCUUUCAAGGCUGUCUAACAUAUCUUUUGUUCAGAUUCUAUAAGAUUCAUUUCCUAUAUAUGUCUACUUUUUUGGCGCUUAUGAGUGCUGUUUUUCCCAUAACUCCUGCUUGGCUCUCAUCUAUUCCGGCUGCGGUGCAAUUGGCCAUGGAAGCAAGAUAUGUGGAGGCUGUUCUUUUGACAGCAAUUCAUCAACUAAUUUUGGAAUAUGGAACAAUCGCUAUACAGGAUGAGAUCCCAGGACAGAAUGCCUAUUUGACAGGGCUGAGCAUGCUUGGUGGAAUCGCACUGUUUCCAUCAAUUUUGGAAGGAGCAAUUAUGGGACCAUUACUGAUGACAGUGAUGAUCGCCUUGAAAAAUCUUUAUGCGGAGUUUGUCCUCUCUUCUGCGGAUGAAACUGACAUUGAUCUAUGUUGUAAGUAAAAAAAUGGAAUUACAUCUGAUGGUAGGCCUUCGCUUUAUGUUGUACCUUGCUUGGGGAAAAUCACAUAAUUAUGAUGAUCCUAACUAAUAAUAUUUAGCGACGAACUAUCUAUUUAUCAUAAUAAUUAGUUGGAGAGGGGGGUGACAGAAAUGAUCAUGUUAGCAGGACCUUUUAUAUCACUUUGUUCAUUUUUGUUAUUUAUGAAAACAGAGAGGAAAAAUGGAGCAUUCUAACCUA